AUGGCCACCUGUUGGCAGGGCCUGUGGGCCUAUCGCUUCUACCUGAUCAUAUUCUUCCUGCCCAUUUUCCUGCUCCCUUUGCCUAUUCUCGUCUCCACAAAGGAGGCCUACUGUGCCUAUGCCAUCAUCCUCAUGGCGCUCUUCUGGUGCACAGAGGCUCUGCCCCUGGCCAUCACUGCCCUCUUCCCCGUCAUCCUGUUCCCCAUGAUGGGCAUAAUGGACGCCUCUGAGGUGUGCAUUGAGUACCUUUCGGACACCAACAUCCUGUUUAUCGGGGGGCUGCUGGUGGCCAUCGCGGUUGAGCACUGGAAUCUGCACAAACGCAUCGCCCUCCGCGUGCUGCUCAUCACUGGGGUGCGGCCUGCGCUGCUCCUCCUGGGCUUCAUGCUGGUCACAGCCUUCCUGUCCAUGUGGAUCAGCAACACGGCCACCACGGCCAUGAUGGUGCCCAUUGCGCACGCCGUCCUGGAACAGCUGCAAAGCACACAAGCCAGCCAGGACCCCGAGGAGGGCAGCAACAACCCUGCCUUCGAGCUCCAGGAACAAAGUCCCCAGAAGGAGGUGACCAAGCUUGAUAACACAGAGGUCCUCCCUCUCCCACCUGCUACCUCAAAGCCAAGGCCACAUCCAAACCAAGAGCAGCUCCGCUUCUCCCAGGGUAUGAGCCUGUGUGUGUGCUACUCAGCCAGCAUCGGGGGCAUUGCCACACUGACUGGCACCACGCCCAACCUGGUGCUACAAGGCCAGAUCAACUCGCUUUUCCCCCACAAUGACAACGUGGUGAACUUUGCCUCUUGGUUUGGCUUUGCCUUCCCCACCAUGAUCAUCUUGCUGCUACUGGCCUGGCUGUGGCUUCAGGUCCUCUUCCUGGGCUUCAACUUCCGGAAGAACUUUGGCAUUGGGGUACAGUCAGAAGAACAAAAGCAAGCCGCCUUCAAUGUCAUACAGACAGAGCACAAGCUGCUGGGCCCCAUGACCUUUGCAGAAAAAGCUGUCACUGUCCUUUUUGUCUUUCUGGUGCUGCUCUGGUUCACCCGAGAGCCAGGCUUUUUCCCUGGCUGGGGAGAACUGGCUUUUCCCAAGGCCAACGGAGGCAGCAUGGCAUCUGAUGGGACAGUGGCCGUCUUCAUCGGCAUAAUUAUGUUCUUCGUGCCCUCCAAGUUCCCAGGGCUGAUCCAGGACCCAAAAAAACCAGGGAAGCUGAAGGCCCCUCCUGCCCUCCUCAAUUGGAAGAUAGUGAAUGAGAAGAUGCCCUGGAACAUUGUGUUCUUGCUGGGUGGUGGCUUUGCUCUGGCCAAGGGCAGUGAGUACUCAGGCCUAUCGAAGUGGCUGGGGGACAAGCUGACGCCACUGGAGAGUGUGCCACCUCCUGCCAUUGCUGUCAUCCUCUGCUUCCUGGUAGCCACCUUCACUGAGUGCACUAGCAACGUGGCCACCACCACACUCUUCCUGCCUAUCCUGGCCUCCAUGGCUCAGGCCAUUUGUCUGAACCCUCUCUACGUCAUGCUCCCCUGCACCCUGUCUGCCUCCCUGGCCUUCAUGCUGCCUGUGGCCACCCCACCCAACGCCAUUGUCUUCUCUUUCGGAGGCCUCAGAGUGUCUGAUAUGGCCCGAGCAGGAUUCCUGCUCAACAUCAUCGGGGUGCUGGUCAUCACGCUGGCCAUCAACACCUGGAGCUUCUCCGUCUUCCACCUGGACAUCUUCCCCUCCUGGGCCCACUCCAACACUACGACCCACUGCCUGCUCAGCUCGGUCAAUUCCACCACACCCAGCCCCUAGACGGGGCACAACCCAGCGAAGUCCAGGAGAUUGACCCAUUCCCAUCCUUCUGAGCUAGGAUGGGACACCCCCAGCUCCAAGCCCUAGGCCAGAUUCUGAGAGAAAGGGAUGUGUAUAUAUAAUCUCUGUGUGUAUGCUUAGUUUCUUGAGUGUCAGAGGAAGGAGUGUGUGUGUGUGUGUGUGUGUGUGUG